AUGACAACACAUCACUCAAAGAACUCUGAUGAUUAUUUGCAAAAUAAUACAGUAAACUUGAACAAGAUUUCUAUUGGCAGCCCUUUCUCAAAAGGACAUAAUAUCUUCAAAAAUGUCCAUUCACUUUUCAAAUCACAAAACAAAAGAAUCAAUAAAUUAUUCGAAAAUGAGUCUAAUUCAAACUUUAAUGAUGAAUUGGAAAACUCUUAUGACCAAGAACAUAAACUAAAUGAGGAAAUUGAAUCACCAAUCCCUUUUGGGAAACCUUCUUUAGCAUCUUUACUAGCUGAAAUAGACACCAAAAGUGUAAUAUUCCCGAACAUUCAUCAUGACAAGACUUUAUCAAUAGAUUCACUGCAUGAUCUAGAAAGUCCUACAAGGAUAUCUCAAAGUAAUAGCAUAUUGGAUUCCCCAACAUUCCGUAGGAAUAUAACUGUGCGAAGAUCUGUUAACUCCAAAUGCGGAACCCCAUUAUCCACUCAUUCCAGAAGAAAUAGUGUAAAUAGCAAUGGUAAUAUCUCCAAGAUGCAACGUGCAGACAGUGUGAAUAAGGAUAGAAAGGUUUCCAAACUGAAAGUAAAGACGCUAGAAUCAAUAUAUACGUCACCUACCGAUUCUCAUGGGGGAAAUAAUAUUGAUUAUCAGAUACCGCAAUCAACCACAAGCUUAUUUGACUCAAUAAUAGAUGAAAGUAAUAUAACGUACAAGGAGGAACAAACUGAUUCUCACGAUUUUUUUAAAAGAAUAUCGCCAACAAUGUUAAAUGAUAUAAUUGAAAAUAAUAGUUUUUCACCCCAUUAUCAUUCAUAUAAAAUUAUUGAUUGUAGAUUUGAUUAUGAAUUUGAAGGUGGACAUAUCAAAAAUGCAAUAAAUAUAUCAAAUCGUGAUGAUUUAGAAUCCAAACUGUUGAGAAAUAUUCAAAACAAUAGAAACUCACCUACGUUAUUGAUCUUCCAUUGCGAGUUUAGCACCCAUCGAGGUCUCAAAUUGGCUUCUCAUUUGAGAAAUUGUGAUAGAAUUCUAAAUCAUGAGAACUACCCCAAAUUAUACUAUCCAGACGUGGUAAUCUUGGAUGGUGGAUAUAAAGCAUUUUUUGAGAAAUUCCCCAAUCAUUGUUUCCCACAUAACUAUGUUAGAAUGGAUUCACAAGAGAAUUUGAUGGAUUGUGAGAACAAGAUGAGUGUAUUUAGAUCAGACUCAAAGCGAAGUAGUACAAGGACAAAUUCAUUAAGGAAAUUACAGUCAUUAUCCACUGAGACAUUCUCCUUAUAUAAAUCUGAUGCAAAAUCAUCGCAUUCCAUAUUUUUGAAUGAUACUUCUAGCAAAUUUGAUUCUAUUCCAUCUUCAUCUUUCGAUUUGGAGCAGCCACCAAGAUUGUCAUUUUCGCAAUACACCGAUCGUUUCAGUCAUUCAAGAGAUUGUGAUGAUAGAGAUCGUAGUUCUCCAUCCACAAUAAGUCGGUCAUCAAUAAACAGUUUCAAUAGUUUAUCAUCAGGUAAGAAAGUGAUGAUUGAUGACGACAAUAACUCGUACUUCAGUUUUCAAACACAUAGCCCUAACAUUUCCGAAGGAAAUAGACUAGCAUUUAAUGAUAGCAAUGGUAUUGAUACCGAGGAUGAUUUAAACUUUGCAGAAGCAACAAUUACUGUUUCAGACCUGAAAGGCACGAUUCAAGAGACGCCUUUAAUAAGACCUAUCAGAAGGUCAUUAUUUCCUUCCAUAUUACAAGAGGAAGAUGAUGACGAAAAACAAAACUAG